AUGUCCAAAGUGGCCAAAUACCGGCGACAAGUUAGUGAAGAUCCAGAUAUUGACAGUUUAUUGUCUACUCUGUCUCCGGAGGAGAUGGAAGAGCUGGAAAAGGAGCUGGAUGUGGUGGAUCCAGAUGGAAGCAUCCCUCUGGAGCUGAGUCAGGCAAACCAGAAGGAGAAGUCCCCGGGUGGGCAGCAGAACUGCGACGCGGUGCUCAACCACUGCGAGAAGGAGGCCAGGAAAGUGAUCCAGAGGGAACAUUCCAUAGAUGAAAGCAGAUUGAGCGAGAAGAAGAAGGGAGACAAAAAUGAAGAAGAAAAGGGAAAGGAAGCACCUUCCAAAGACCUGGCCCGGAAAAGGGAGACAAAAGUGGGGAAAGACUCGAAAAAGGAAGAAAAUGGUGAGAAAUCAGACCCAAAAGUCAAAGCUGAGACUGAGACCAAGGCCAAAGAGGAGAAAGCCAUCAAUGACAAAGUCAAGGCCAUGGAGAAAAAGCUGAUGGGGAAGGACAAAAAGGAGGAAGAGAAGAGCUCAGCAGUGAAGAAGGAUAUGGGGAAGGAGAAAAAGGAGGAAGAAAAGGGCUCAGCAACAAAGGACACAGGGAAGGAGAAGAAGGAGGAAGAAAAGGGCUCAGUUUUAAAGAAGGACACAGGGAAGGAGAAAAAAGAGGAAGAGAAGGGCUCAGCAGAGAAGAAGGAGACAGGGAAGGAGAAAAAAGAAGAAGAAAAGGAUUCUGUGUUGAAGAAGGGCCCAGGGAAGGACAAAAAGGAGGAAGAGAAGAGCUCGGGAUUAAAGAAAGAGGCAGAAAAAGACACAAAGGGAGAAGAUAAGAAAGAAAAAGAUAAAAAGGAAGAGGAAAAGAGCUCAGCUUUGAAAAAACCCAAGGCAGGUGAGGAGAAAUCCCAGGCAGAGGAGGAGAAAGCAGGGGAGAAGAAACAGGAGACCAAGGUGGCAGCGGAGAGCAGCCCCUCCAAGCCCACCAGCACCACCAGCCCCCCGGAUCAGGCCAAGGAUGACGAGGCCUCCAGCAUCUUUGAUGAGCUCAUCGAGAAGGUGAAGAACAACGACGCUGAGGUGACCGAGGUGAACGUGAACAACUCGGACUGCAUCAACAACGAGACCCUGGUGCGCUUCACCGAGGCCCUGGAGUUCAACACCGUGGUCAAGCUCUUCGCCUUGGCCAACACCCGCGCCGACGACCACGUGGCCUUCGCCAUCGCCAUCAUGCUCAAGUCCAACAAGGUGUUGACCAGCAUCAACCUGGACUCCAACCACAUCACGGGCAAAGGCAUCCUGGCCAUUUUCCGGGCGCUGCUGCAGAACGACACGCUGACGGAGCUGAGGUUCCACAACCAGAGGCACAUCUGCGGGGGGAAGACGGAGAUGGAGAUCGCCAAGCUCCUGAAGGAGAACACCACCCUCCUGAAGCUGGGCUACCACUUCGAGCUGGCCGGGCCACGCAUGACGGUCACCAACCUGCUGAGCCGGAACAUGGACAGGCAGAGGCAGAAACGCCUCCAGGAGCAGAAACUGGCACAGGAACGUGGGGAGAAGAAAGACCUUCUGGAGGUGCCUAAACCUGGAGCCCUGCCGAAAGGGUCUCCCAAGCCGUCCCCGCAGCCGUCGCCCAAGGCUUCCCCCAAAAGCUCUCCCAAGAAAGGGGGGGCACCCACGGCGCCGCCCCCGCCGCCCCCUCCGCUGGCCCCACCGCUGAUCAACGAGAACCUGAGGAACUCCCUCUCCCCAGCCACCCAGAGGAAGUUGGGAGACCGGGCACUGCCCGUCCAGGAGAAGAACUCGCGGGACCAGCUGCUGGCGGCCAUCCGCUCCAGCAACCUCAAGCAGCUCAAGAAGGUAGCGGUGCCGAAGCUGCUGCAGUAG